ACCGCUCCAUGUUUACAUGUUUACACCUGGAUUGUGUAUUACAUCUGCUCUUAGUUUGCCUUUUUACUAAGUUUUUAUGUGAUUAUUUUCAUUGAAAUGAUAUUUACCUUGUUUUUUAUGUAUUUAAAUCUACGCUUAGCACGAAUUCGUACCCUGAUUAGUUCAUUUUGAAUUUCCUCAACUUGUUUAACUGAACUGAACCGUCGCUCUCUCACUGGUAGCCAAACGAAGGGUAGUCCUGAAGUUCCUUGGAAUGAAAUCUUGCAGGCGAUCUCAGUCAUUUCAGAGGUCCCAGCUUAGCUUUGGAAGGAGCAUUCUCAAGUUAUAACUUUGGUGAGAGGCGCUCAAAGUUCGAGUAUGAGCGGAUCCGGUGAUCAAGAUGCAUUCAAUACAUCUGCAGAUUUGUUUGCGAACAGCAGCUCUGAAACUGUCAUGGAAAGUGUGGAUUUCUCAUUGAUAUUACGAGAGCCACACAAGCAGUUCGAAAAAUUAAAAGGUGAAAAUUCAAGUUCAUUCUUAAAUCCAGCUGCUGCUACUGAUGUAGCUGACCUAAUAGUUUCCGAAGCAUGUGACACCUUGCGAUUAUUUUGUCCAUUCUGUCUGCUUGACUUUAAGUUUGAUUUCCUUCUAAAAAGUCAUAUUGAAUCUUGUCAUUCUGAUUUGUUGAAAACAAUCACUUGUUCAAACAAAAAUUCAGCGUUGCUCCACUCUUGUCCGUACUGUAAUGCUAAAUUUUAUCUGCAAGACUUAUUGCCAAAUCACGUGGCACGGAAACAUCAUGAGGCAGUCAUUCAUCUUUGUGACAAAGCAGAUACACCAAAACAUAUUCAGUGUCGUUUCUGCAGUCAUCGAGUUUUGCGAGAACACUAUAGAGUUUUCUUGAUACAUAUAGAGAAAAAACACUUCAGACAAUUUGAUGAAAUCAUCCGUUCGAAGUGCUUAAUGACCAGUAUUAGCAAUGAAAAUUUCAGCAAUUUAAAUUUCAGUGGCUCAAAUCAAAUGGCAUCCCCUCAGUUAAGUGAACAAUUCUCCAAGCUCAUGGCUAACAUUAAUGCUGAAGGUUCACCAGGAAGGAUUGAAAAUCCCUUGUCAAAGUUAGCCUUUAAGCCCAACCAUGACUCCCCCUUGAAAUCUAUUCUUAAAAAUUCGCCUGCAAAAUUGCCUUUGAAUGAAAUAAGUGCCUAUGAUAAUGUUGAUGGUAGCAACAGUAAUGUUAGUGUUCGUAGGAAGCUGAGAUUUGAAAUUCCAGACAAGGAAAAGCGAAAUGAUUCCUCUGGCUCAGAUAGCUCUCUAGAGUCGGUAGUGCAAAAAUCUAAAAAAUUUAAAGUAAGUGAUGAAAACAGUCCUUCACAAAACUGUAAAUCCAAAAAGUGGUUUAAUUUUUUCAAGAGAAAACCAAUGAAAACCAAAAAACUCUCUCGCAAGCGAAGCAACUCCUUCACUAAUAUAGCUACAAGCACUCCAGUGAAUGACGAAAAUGAUGCUCGACCGCUUUUCCUCUCUCCUAACAUGUCGAAUCAAACCCCAAUUUUAUCCUCUUUCAAGUGGAAGAAUAACAAAAUCAAAUUUUUAUCAACACGGUUCAAGUGCGGACUCUGUAUGGAAGGCUUUAACAGUAACGCACAUUUGGUUGAACACCUGCGAAAACAGCAUCAUGGACUUAAGUUUCAACCACAGUACAGGUGUGGUGAGUGUGAAGCUAAAUUUUACCGGAACAGUUACUUAAUCAGACACAGUCAAAUUCAUCAUUCUACACCAUUUUGUAUGACAACUGCUGAUAAAUCUUUUUAAAUUGUGCCAAGCAUAUGCCAGACAAUCUCUAUUUUUCUCUUCUGAAAUUAAGCUGAACCAAAGUGACAGAGCUAGGCUUUCUUUUUAUAAAAUACUGUUAAGUUGUUCCUUACUGAGAGACAGUAUGUUACUCUAAUAGGAUUUUUUUAAUUUUUGGUACUGAAUAUAUAUGAUAAAUCAUCAAGAGACCUGUACCUAUACAAAACAGGUCAAAAGAGUAUGCAGAUAGAUAAAAAAAUUGUAGUCUGUCCGAGAUGGGAAGAACCGUGGAAAUUCAGAAUUAUUUGCACCGUUUUGCAGGGUGGGGCUGUUUCAACCAUCGUCAACUGUCACAUUUCGGUAUUUAGCGCACGCUGCAGCCACCGCACAGGAGGCUAUGGGCCUCGGCGCGGCGGUUUUCCCCUGGAUUUGUGCCUGAAGCGGAUAAUACCUGCACUAGGCGCUGAGCAGCAUGGCGUGACAAGCGACUCAUGAAGAGCCAGCCCUUAAAGCAGUGCGGGGUUGAUUCGGUGUCCUCAUCUUACAAUAGCUCGGACGCUACCCUUGCUUCUACAUAGUGCAAUUAAUUCCGACUUUCCACGGUUCCACCCAUCGCGGACAUACUAUAGGUGUUUUUCAGGACAGAUGCAUUUCGCCCCAAAGGGUCAUCUUCAUUAGCAAAUAAGGCAUUGGACAGUUAAACAAUCACUCCAAGCGUAAGUACAGAAAGUGUAAGACAUGCAGCCGCCAUUGCAAAGAUAAUAUAGUAGAGGUGAACUAACUACAAAGCAAUGAAAGUUACAUUAUAAAGGCUGGCUAAACAAGUCAAGGAGCAUGCCAGCCCCUCAGCAUGUCUUGCUCUUUCUUCUGGUACUUGCGUUUGCAUUUAUUGUUAAAGUGUCAAAUUUCUCCUGCGCAACUGACGACCCUCAGGGUCCAAAUGCAUUUGGCUUAAAAAGCACCAAAAGACUCCAUGCACCGCAUACUCUUCCCCCCUGUUGUUGAUUAAUAGAUGCAAUAAGCUCUCUUUUAAGACCUGUUUAUAGUUUCAGCAGAUGCUUUUCCACCUCUUUCAAGGUGAUAUUCAUAAGAUUCAAACUUCCUUUUGUUGUCUGUGAGCAUUUAAGAACAACUGUGCCUCAUUGCUUUAUCGCAGAUUCAAUACUACAGUGACGGAGCAUUGGCCCAAGUGUAUAGAUAAAUAAUUUUAAGCUGUUUGCACAUGUAGCAAUAAUUAUGCACUUUUAAAUUUCAUGUAUCAUCAUAGUAUGUAAGCUCCAAUUGCCUUGAACAAUUUUGUGCGUUAAAGUAUUUAUCAGUAUUAAUAAGUCACUGUUACAAUCUUAUGUAUUUUAGUUUUCGUAGACAUUUCAAUUGAGGCAUCAGCCAGUAUUGUCCGGUACAUUCAGUUUUACGAGUUCUCGACCACCUUGGAAAUAGUUUUAGUUAAAAUUUUUUGGUAGUGCUAAUCAAUAGGUUUUCUUUCCAUAAUCAGUGAUUACUCAGAAAGUUAGUACUGUGAUAACUGCGAUUUACAUGUGAAAACAUGUAUCCAAAAAUUUAAUAGCUUCUCAUUUUUAUUGAAUGAGUUAAAAUUUCUAAUUUCAACACCGAUUCUUUUUCUUAGCUUGUAAUUAUCAACUUAUUUUUUCAGAUUAGAAUUAUUGGUUUCUUUUGACCGCAGUUGCAAUUUAUGUGCAAAGAAGUAGGCAUGUUUAAAAAUUUUGCGAAAAAAAAUUACUGCAUUCCUCAUUUUUCAUGUACUUUUUAUAAAAACCAUAUUGACAGCAAUGUAGUUCCAGCUCACUCUACUGAAACAUUUAAACUGUUCUUCAGUAACUGGAGACCCGUUACUGAUUUUAAUCUGUAUUCUUUGUCUUAAUAUUCUUGCAUUUUGUCUGAGAACUGUACUGUGAAUACUCUGUUAAAGCUGUGUAUUUCUUAUUUGUAUUCUUGCUCUUCCCUAUAUUUUAAGAAGCGAAAUGAAACCUUCAUAAUGUAGGUAUGAUACCGAUAAAAAUUUAACGUUUCCUGAAUUGCUGUAUCGUUCCUCAUCACUUCACUUUCAUUCUUUGGACACCAGCAAAUGUCAUGACCUCGUAGCCUCUUACAUCUGGUAAUUUUACCCUGAAAGAAGUUUUCUAACCGAAAAUUUUUCUGCUUGUUUGUUUACAAUCUGAUUUUCUCUUCUUCCUAGUCACAUGAUACCCAACAGUCAAAAACUAUUGAUCGACUGUCGUGUUAUCCCCACAAAUUUUUGCAGCUGUGUCAGGGUUCUACCCAGUUUUACUCCAAAUGGGCCAAAAUACAACGUAUGACCUACUACAAUACUUAACAUAUAUCCUCUUGAAAAUUUCGCGAGGAAAACGAAUCAUACAACAAGAAUUAUGGAAAUCAACUCCUGAAGGAAAUGUGGUUGCUUACAGUUAACAUUUAAUACAAACAUAAAUGACGUCUUUUGUACAAUCAAACUUCCUUUUGAUCUGUGUUAAAAAUACUUGUUAAUAUCUUGUUCAGGAGUUGAAAUCCAAACUUCCUGUUGUGUGAAUCUUUUUCUACAUAAGAUAUUGAAGAGGAAACAUGUGACGUUUUCUUCUAGUUCCAUUCUUGCCUAGUCGCCCAUUAAUUUUAAAAAAUAUUUUUAUUUUCUCUGAUUUUUCAAAACUUGACAUAACUUAAUCUUCCUCGCUGAAGUAUGUUUUUUUUAUUCCAAAUCAUACCUUUUCUUCUAUCUGCCUCUGUCGUAGUUCUUUAUGUUGCAGUAUUUAGGAACUAAGUCAUACCUGUAUUUAAUCCUUUUCACUUAUUGAAUUUAAUUGCUCUCUUGUUUUUAUACCGCUAUGUAUACCGUUUCGAUUAUUUUGAUAUUUUUAAUCAAAAAUAAACUCUAUUUUUUUUA